GCCGUUAACAAUGUUGUACUCUCUCCUCCAUUCUUUCGACAACUUGAACUGCAAUGUGCAGCUCGUUGCAUGUGUAAGAAUACCCUAAAAUUCUUGUGAAUAGACGCCUGUCCCUCUACCAUACUAUCUCCAAAAAUGCGCGUCAUAGGUCUCACCGGCUCAAUCGCGACAGGCAAAUCGACCUGUUCCGCAACGCUCUCGUCUCCACCGUAUUCACUACCCUUGAUCGAUGCGGACCUCCUGGCGCGCAAGGCAGUCGAACCCGGAACCUGGGGCUACCGACGCAUCGUGGCUACUUUUGGGCCGACGACACCGGACCUCCUCCUGCCAGCAUCUGAUCCGCAAUGCGGCGGGUUAGAGAACGGGCCCAACGGCAAAGGGAGACCACUCAACCGCCCCGCGCUAGGGAGACGAGUAUUUGGAAACAGCGAAGAAAGAGUCAAAGACCGGAAGAAACUCAAUGCAAUUGUCCACCCGGCGGUGCGGUUCUACAUCGCUCGUGCCAUGUUAUAUUACUACGCCCUGGGCUAUUGGGCGGUGGUGGUGGACGUGCCUCUGCUAUUUGAGUCUGGGCUCGACAUAUUCUGCAGCACGGUCAUUGUCGUCGCGGUUUCAGACCCCAAGAUCCAAUUGCAGCGGUUGCUGGAGCGGGAUCCGCAUCUGUCGCCGGAAGAUGCCGAAAACCGCGUCAAGAGUCAAGUCGACGUGCGUGAAAAGGCCGCAAGGUGCGAGCGGAGGAAUAAUGGAAACAAGGCUGCCGGCCGAGGGUAUGUCAUUUACAAUGAUGGCGGCAAGGAGGACUUGAAACUCCAGAUCGCCAAUGUCGUGCGAGAUAUCCGGUCCAAAAGUCCCAGGUGGUGGACUUGGGCUUUGUGGCUGUGUCCGCCGUUCAUGGCUGCCGUGGCCUCCUGGGAAGUCCUGCGCAAUUGGUACCUCAGGAAGCAGACUAUCAAGGAGAGAGGCGAGGAACUUGCCAAAACGAGAAUGUGAUACGAUACAGCAUGAACGAGGCGAUCGAAGCAGGUACUACUGGUAUUGAUAUCCGGCAGACCAUCAAUCGCCAUGCCUGUACCACGCUUGUCAGCCGAAUGGAAUUGCCAAAAGGAUUUCGAUGCUUUGCCUAUCCCUCAUGAUGUAAAAGGUCAGCGACGGGUGCGGGUCUGAACAGAACUCGAAAAUAUGAGAGACGGACUGAUGAGUGCCGUCACAACAACCGAGCGAUCAAUUUCGGCUGGCGAGUCGUCUUGCGGGCACUGACUCUACCCUAUACGCUCCCAGAUGCGCCAACUACAUGAGAUUCUGUGAGAUCCAACAUACUAAUAUGCCGUAAACCCGAUAAGACGACCAGUGUCCGCACUUCAGAAUCCAUCCCUCACAGCAUCACCCGGAAAACAGAAAUCGAACGCAUCACAUUUGCGGGCUCCAAAUGAGCCAGUCCACACCUCCUAACUAUACAACCGAACGUUCGGACGGCGCCUACCGGCCGGGGCCAGAGCGCAAAGUCAACCCUUUCUGUGGGAAAUUUUGCAGCCCUCGAGCGUUUUACCAUUCUGUUCUGCGAGCCCAGGGUCGCCUUGUUCUGCACCAAAGCACCCCUUAUCUGAGUCCCCGGAGGCCUUGAUGGAAGAACACCCGCCUGGAAUGGGACUCAAUGAGCAUUAAGACGCCGUUAUCCCCUCACGGCCAUCCGCUACACACAGCCACUGCACCUGGCGCUGAGAUAUCUGGAUAGGAGGACAGGUACCUGGUAGUCAAGCCUCAAGGGUGGAUACGGGUUCAGUCGGCUUUGGCCACAUGCUCUUGAUGAAGGUUAGGAGGAGACGCAUCACUGGCACCGAUCGAAUGGGACCGGACUAUUAUAGGUAGAAAGGAAUUCCCGCUUGGCCAUCAUGCUUAUAUACAACGUUUAGACACGGCCACUGAAUAGGCGGUCGGUCGUCUCUACCUGAUAGAACAGCUGUACGGUACAGGGCCAAAUGACCAGAGACGCGGGACUGUCCGCGACCUAGUAAACCAACCUAUAUCUUCCAACUCCAUGCGCCUUUUUUUUCAUAAACAGCGCCAAACACCUCAUCUCUCACCUCUCAUCUCUCCUGGGGGUAUCACAUCGAUCACUACUAUUCUACACACUUCACACAAUGGAUGCUCACUACUAUAGAAAGGGCCACACCAAACAACAAAGAUAACAACAACGCCAUCCGUCUCUAUGAUAUAUUCAUGCCGACGUGUCGAAUUCCGGGUUAACCCAAGAAGGAGUACCGGUCAUAUGGCGCAGAGUCGGGCCAAACUUGUGCAAGAAGGCAAAGAUGGGCAUUGCGCCGAAGAAGACGAUGAUGCCCUGGGCGGCAAAACACCAGGUCCAGCCUGAAUCUGCUUGCCAUGGGGCGAUGAAGAACUGUUGGACACGUUUAUUGUCAGCCAGUGCCAGGCAACGAGGAAGAUGCGUUGUUCUUGUAACCCAAUGCAAUGUUUUGUAGAUAAGUGGUGACAGGAGUGAGUGCAAAACUUACAGGAUCAAUAAAAGCAGACAAGUUCAGCAGCACGGCA